AUGCACGACUCGAGGGAGUUCUGCAGUUGGUUGAUGGGUGAUGCUGAUGCAGCAGUUCAAAUUCAGAAUGUUUAUGAUACGCUGAUUGGCCAUUGGAUGCUCGAGGAGUUCUCGGGCAAGGCCGGAGGCAAGGAUACUGAUUAUGGCAUCUCGGACUUAUCCCUUCCGGCCCUUUGCAGUCUAUAUCACGUUGGUCAGAAAACAGCGUGUGGUGGCCUUCUACCAAUACGGAAGGAACAACACAAGCGAUUACUUGUGUCGGAUUCUGGCAUGGCCGACGACUACAUCGUCGAUCGAUCUCGGCUCUUCACCUCGGUGUAUCCCAAGUUGAACAGGGAGUUUUCAUCCAAGGUGCCUCCCCGCAAGAUGCCUGCGGGACAGAGGUUGUCCGGUAUGGUGGCCAAGAUUGCGUAUUAUGAUUCGUCAGUCCUCGGAGGGGCUGGUAAUAUGGCAUAUGAAGAGACGGCGGACCCCAAGAAGGACGGCAUGCUGGUCAUCUAUUGGCGCCUCAAUAUCUGGCCCCACGUCCUAGGAAUCACACCACCCAGCGAGGCGAAUGAGAAGAUAUGCCGAGGCCUUAGGGUUGGUCAUGUAGUCGAUGAUCUAUUCACGGCACCGUGUGGGGAAGGAGGGACUUGCUUCGACGAGGAGACGUCUCUGUUGUUCGUUGCACCGAAAGGACGGGAUGCUUGGUUGGCUGAGGAUGCCGAUCUUCUCGCCGAGGACGGGGCUCCUCGUCGGCCUGGCCAUACGAGUAUGCGGCACCUCCCCCAAAACUUCACUAGCAUGGGGCCUGAGUUCGCUCUCCCGCCUAAGAAGUCCGACGGUCCUAGUGGCUACGAUGUCAUUCACAAGAAGGGGAAGAGGGGCGCUACGAAAGUCAGACGCAUUGAUAGAGAGAAGCAACGACAGAAGCGAUUCGACGAGGAUUAA